AUGCCUCGCGACCAACGGGAACACCCUUCUAGAAAGAUAUCCCCCCGACCCCCUCAUCACGUGGUGGAGGCGUUUCGCUUCGAGAAGAGAUCCAAGAAGAACAGCACGCAAACAGCAGUACCAGAGCCAAAGGCACCAACGAUCAUGGCAGCAGUCGAGGGAGAAAGCAUCGGCAUCGACCUGGGCACGACUUACUCUUGCGUAGGCGUGUGGCAGAACGACCGCGUGGAGAUCAUCGCCAACGACCAGGGCAACCGCACGACUCCGUCCUACGUGGCCUUCACCGAGACGGAGCGUUUGAUCGGCGAUGCCGCCAAGAACCAGGUGGCGAUGAACGCCACCAACACCGUCUUCGAUGCCAAGCGACUGAUCGGCCGCAAGUUCACCGACCCGGCCGUGGCCUCUGACAAGAAGCACUGGCCCUUCAGUGUGGUCGCGGGUACCGGUGGGAAGCCCACGAUCGAGGUAUCUUUCAAGGGAGACAAGAAGCAGUUCGCGCCUGAGGAGAUAUCUUCGAUGGUGCUGGUCAAGAUGAAGGAGAUCGCCGAGGCCUACCUCGGCAAGGAGGUGAAGAACGCGGUGAUCACCGUGCCCGCGUACUUCAACGACUCCCAGCGCCAGGCGACCAAGGACGCCGGAUCCAUCUCGGGCCUCAACGUGAUGCGCAUCAUCAACGAGCCGACCGCCGCGGCCAUCGCGUACGGCCUGGACAAGAAGGGCGAGGAGCGCAACGUGCUCAUCUUCGACCUGGGCGGGGGCACCUUCGACGUGAGCGUGCUUACCAUCGAGGAGGGCAUCUUCGAGGUGAAGGCAACGGCGGGCGACACCCACCUGGGCGGAGAGGACUUCGACAACCGGAUGGUGGACUACUUCCUGCAGGAGUUCAAGCGCAAGAACCGGAAGGACAUGAGCACCAACCAGCGCGCCCUCCGACGGCUCCGCACGGCGUGCGAGCGCGCGAAGCGGACCCUCUCGUCGUCCACCCAGGCGCACAUCGAGAUCGACUCCCUGUUCGAGGGCAUCGACUUCAACUCCACCAUCACUCGCGCCCGGUUCGAAGACAUGAACCAGGACUACUUCCAGAAGUGCUUGGCACCCGUUGAGAAGGUGGUGAAGGACGCCAAGAUGUCCAAGGGCCAGAUCCACGAGGUGGUGCUGGUGGGCGGUUCCACGCGUAUCCCCAAGGUGCAGCAGAUGCUUUCGGAGUUCUUCAACGGAAAGGAGCCGUGCAAGUCCAUCAACCCCGACGAGGCCGUCGCGUACGGCGCCACCGUCCAGGCCGCCAUCCUCUCCGGCAAGGACAAGUCGGAGAAGCUCGACUCGCUCCUGCUCCUCGACGUGACCCCGCUCGGGCAGGGGCUGGAGACGGCCGGCGGCGUCAUGGCGGUGCUCAUCAAGCGCAACACGACGGUGCCGGUGAAGAAGUCGCAGGUGUUCUCGACCUACGCGGACAACCAGCCGGGUGUGCUGAUCCAGGUUUUCGAGGGUGAGCGCAGCAUGACCCGCGACUGCAACCUCCUGGGCAAGUUCAGCCUGGACGGGAUCCCGCCCAUGCCCAGGGGCCAGCCGCAGAUCGAGGUGACGUUCGACAUCGACGCGAACGGCAUCCUGAACGUGCACGCCGUGGAGAAGUCCACUGGCAAGGAGAACAAGAUCACAAUCACCAACGACAAGGGCCGCCUCAGCGCCGACGAAAUCGAGCGCAUGGUGGAGGAGGCCGAGCGCUACAAGGCCGAGGACGACGUCCAGAAGAGCCGGGUGGAGGGCAAGAACUCGCUCGAGAACUACGCCUACUCGAUGCGCAACACCAUCAACGACGAGAAGGUUGCCUCGAAGCUGGACGCGGCCGACAAGACGACGGUCGAGGCCAAGAUCUCGGAGACGAUCGCGUGGCUCGACGGCAACCAGUCUGCCGAGAAGGAGGAGUACGAGGAGAAGCAGAAGGAGCUGGAGGCCGUUUGCAACCCCAUCAUCCAGAAGAUGGCCGGCGGGGCCGGCGGCAUGCCAGGCGGUAUGCCCGGCGGCAUGCCCGGAGGCAUGCCCGAUAUGGGCGGCGCCGGCUUCCCCGGGGGUGGAGGAGCGCCAGCCCCCGACGCGGACGCCGACGCCGGCCCCAAGAUCGAGGAGAUCGACUGA